GCAACAAGGAGAGCGAUGUGGUGCUGGUGGAAGAGAGCCUCGUCGACGCACCGCUCGCGGCGGCGCGCAGGGGGAGCCUGCGCCAGGCGCGCACUGACACGAUGCUCGAGUCCUCAGACACGGACUCGGGCUCGACGACGCAGGUGGAUAGCCCCGCGCACGGCGGCCCACGCAGCGCGGCCCACCUCGCCGCGGGCGACGGGCCAUCGGCUAGCGACGGGCACGGAGAGCUCAUCGGCGGCGGCCCCGCCCGCGACGGUCCACGACAGCGCGAGCCCGCGCCGCCGAGCCAGUGCAGGCCUCCGCCCGACCGCCUGGACGAGUUCGCAGAAAUCAUGGAGAGGGCAGCCCGCGAGCAGGCGGAGCUCGCCGAGAUGGGGCCCCAGGCCGCCGAGCCGUGCGCCGAGGGCGCGGCCGAGGAGGAGCCCGAGGCCGCCGAGCAGGAUGGCGAGGACACUGACGACGCGCCGCUGUCCAAGCACACGGCGCCGGUCAUCGAGAAGCGCAGCCGCAAGAAGAAUAGGAAUAAGGCCAGAUGCGGGAGCGUCCAGACGGGGGUCGGGCUCGAGGUCGGGGCGGCCGUCUCGGGGAAGGCGAAGUCGGAGGACUCGGCGCCGCUGGCGGCUGCGGCUGAGGAGACGAUGAGGCCCAAGAAGCGCAAGAAGAGGGCGAAGGCCGAGCAGGGCAUCUUCGCAGCCGCCGAGGUCCUUCAGCGCCGCCGCCGCCGAGGAGCCGAUGCCCGUGGGGGAGAAGGUGGGCAUGCUGAUGAAAGGCUAUGCAGCGCUGAAGCGAUCGACGCGGCUGACGUCGGCUACCUCGGCGGCGCCCUCGGCGGCUCCAUCGGCAGCUCCCUCGGUGGCUCCAUCAAUGAGGUCUGCGGCUCCAUCGGCAGCUCCCAGCAGUACUCCGCGAACGCCAGCGCUGCAGAUCGGACAGCCGAUACGCCCGUGAAGAACGCGGCCUCGCAGAUCCAGGAGGAGCUCAUAGGUCGCGUGCAGGGGCUCUGCAAUACCAACAAGGCGAAGUUCCAACCUGGGCACGACGCGACGAGCGGCGCGAGCGGCGUCCCUGCGGAGCUCACGCCGAUGCAGAAGAAGUACUUGACGGGCGACCUCCAGGCCAAGAAGUGCUACGAGGAGGCGAACUGCAAAUUCAGCAUGAAGUCGGCACUGGGGCAGCGGCUGCAGCGGGAGCUCGCGACCAACAAGAAGCUCAAGGCGGAGUACAACGAGACCAAUGACGUGGUGGCAUGGAAGGCGAAAUGGGUCAAGACGCAGUACGAUGGCGCCGUCAAGCGGCUCAGGACGACAACGACCCAGAGUGAUGACUCAUGGACUCGCAAGGGCAAGGUCGUCUCGUUCAUGAGGAUGUGCUACGAGGAGGGGGGGCCUCGCGGCCAGUACGACGAGGAGACGAUUAAGAACUGCCAGUUGACGGCCGAGAGGUGCAUCGCGACGGGGUGCCCGUUCGUCCGCAUCGACGACCAGAACGACUCCGUCAAGUUCAUGUGGUUCGAGGCGCAGUACGUGGAGAAGUUCACCAGGCGCUGGGCGGAGACUGCGACGCAGAAGGAGAUCGACGAGCCUGGCGACGCGGGCGCUGGCG